GCGGCUUGGAAGUCCACGUCCUCAUGCCAUGACAUCAACAUGAUGGAUCAGAAGCUCAGACCCAUUGAACAGCAACUCCAGUACCUGCUGAAUAAGGCGGAUGAGUUUCAGGCACAUAUUUUAUACAGACGUGACAAUCUGCAAAAGGAAAACUUUGCUCGUGUGGUGCCUACUUUCCUGCGGACCUGUCAGCCCUACUUCACUUACCUGGAGUCGACCGCUCGCAGCUCCCUGCCCCAGCGCACGCCUCUGCCCGUGUACAUCCGCUCACGAUUGUUAGACUUCUCCCAGCAGCUGUGUGCGAGGCUGGAGCAGCUGGUCUUGACCUACGCCCUCCUUUGA